UGGAGUGGGAGCGGGCCGGGUCGGGCGCGCAGCGCGGCGGCGGGGGACGCGCACGUGGCUCCUUUUUUUUUUUUCCCUCUUUCCAAGUUUUACAUUCCUUUGUGUGACGCGCGGUGGGACGGUGCAGUUGGGGUCGGGUCAAGGUUCCCCAGAACUCUCCGUAACUGUUCUCGUGCUCGGGGCGGUGCUGUGUAACUCUGCGGCUCACGUCUAUCCAGUGAGCACUGCUCAGUAUAGGGAGGUGCCCCAUCCUCGCCCCCACCCCUUUCAGCGUCCCCAUCAGCGCGGAGUAGGUUUGAAUGGUUGACUUCCUAUUUUGGGGCAAUUAGAGGUUCAGGGGGAGAGGGAGGGAGACUUGGGGGCAGGCUGAGCAUUGUGCCGUCCUGUGUGGCUCUGUCACCCCAAAGCUGCUCGCUGCAGGACCCUCCCUGUGCGCUACUGCUGGGCAAUGGAGAAGGACCCUGCACUGCGGCUCCGUGUCUUUGACCUCAACUGCUGGUGGGUGCUGAGCCCGGCGGGGCUGUGGGUAUGGAGACAUCUGCCCUAGGAGGGCCACCUUCAUGCCUGCUUCGUUGUGGGAUCACACUGUUUUCACAGCCCAAACGGGGCAGGGCAUUCAGCUGGGCUUUGACUUACCCCUGUGCUCCUCAUUCUCCCAUGUGGAAAGAGUCCCCCACGUGCUCCCCAAGUGGGGAUGCGCUGCUUCACCUUGCAGGGCCAUCCGUUACCUGAGCAAGAGGCGUCAGGAGCGCAUCUGCCUCAUUGGGGACCAGCUGUGCCGGGAGGGCUUCGACCUGGUCCUGCUGCAGGAGAUAUGGAGUGAGAGUGACUACAGUGCCCUGAAGGCAAAGCUGGGUGGUUGCUGCCCCUUCUCCCAUUAUUUCCGAAGCGGUGUCAUCGGCAGCGGCCUCUGCGUCUUCUCCAAGUUCCCCAUCGUGGACACGCUGCUCUACCAGUACUCGCUCAAUGGUUACCCCUAUAUGUUGCAGCAUGGGGACUGGUUCUGUGGCAAGUCUGUGGGUCUCGUCAUUGUCAGGAUUGCUGAGAUCACCUUCAACAUCUAUGUCACCCAUCUGCAUGCUGAGUACAGCCGGGAGAAGGAUGCCUACCUGCCCCACCGCGUAGUGCAAGCCUGGGAACUGGCACAGUUCAUCCGCCACACGGCGAAGGCAGCCGAUGUGGUGCUGCUGGGGGGGGACCUCAACAUGCACCCUGGAGAUGUGGGCAUCCGGCUUCUGCGUGGCUGGACGGGACUGCGGGAUGCCUUCACUGAGGCCAAGCACUUUGAGGGCUGCGAGGACGGCUGCACCCUCGUUCCAAAUAACUGCUUCACUGUCAAGUCGGAGCUGCAGCCCUUCCCGCUGGGCAUCCGCAUCGACUACAUCCUCUACAAGGCUGUCUCCAGCUUCACAGUGAGGUGUGAAGAGCUGAGGACCACCACAGGAACAGUCCCAGGAAUGGACAUCCCUUACUCAGACCACGAGGCUGUGAUGGCAAUGCUGUGCAUCCAGAGGCUGGGACAGACAGCGGGUGUCACCAUUGGCACAGCCAUGCCGGCGCUGAUGGAGGUGCUGAGUGAGGCACGGACAGAGGUGUGUGUGGGGCUGCUGGCAGCACGGCGGCAGCGUUAUUCCUCAGGCAGGAUGGCGGUGCUGGCCAUGCUGCUGCUGCUGCUGCAGGCAGCAGGAGUGCUGGGUGUGCUGGGAGGGCUGGCAGCUGGGAAGACCUUCCCUGCUCUCUCUUUCUCCCUGCUGGCCUUCCUUGCCCUUGCCAUCCUUCUCCUUUCUGCUGGCCUCCACCUCUUCCACAGCAUCGAGGUGAAGAUGCUGCAGGGCACCAAGGAGCAGAUGGAGAUGGCUAUGAGGGGGCUGCAGGAACAGCCCCUCCACCGCCACUAACCCAGACCCAUCCUGACCCCUUUUUUAGUUGAAUAAAAUAAAAGAGGUGUUGUAACCCUU